AUGGAUUCCGCAAAAAAAUCAGGUCCUUCAAUUGAACCGGUGGCGACUAAUGCAACAGAUGCUAGUACGCCUGCGGUGCCAUCGUCAGAUGAAAAUGUGAGCAAACCAGAAGUAUCAAAGCCCAUUGUCUUGUCUAAAGGAGUUGAAAAUGCUAAGAAGAGACUUCGAGCAUUCUCUAUUCAGAAGAAAACGCCUAUUGCACCUGUUGUUGUCCCUAAACCUUGUGGCACUGGAAGUACAACAGUUUUAAUUGGGAAGUUAAGCAAUGUGAAAUCAACAACACCAAAGGUUGAUGAUGGUGAGCAAAAGAAAUUGCCGAAACCACCUAAGCCAGGCUCCAAUAAAAAAUCUUACCAAGAUUCAUACUCCGAUCUUCAGAAGCGUACAUUAGCCGAAAUUGAAGAUAUGAAACGCAAAAUGGAACUAGUGGAGUUGGGCAUACCUUUGGGCUUAAUAUGUCCCACUUCGACCAGCGAGAAGGCUAUGCCUACAAAAGCUAUGCCACCAAUAAAGCACUUCUUAGAUCCGGCCAAAGUUGACGAAAUCAUUCGUGAAGCAAAAAAAGCAAGGGAUGAAGGGAAGAAGUACAAAUUUGAUUAUCAGAAGCUGCUGCCAAAAUAUGACAAUCCAUUUCAACGCAAAAAAGAGGAAGAUAAAAACAAAACACCUGACAAUCGGGGUCGAAGUGAUUUUGAUAGAGAUAAGAAAAAAAGUAACAGAUAUGAUUCUAGACGGUACUCUGAUAGAGAUAAAUAUAAAAAUAGAGAUAAAGAAAAAGGUAGGGAUAAGAAUAAAGAAAAAAAUCACGACCGAGAAGAAAAACAGGCCACGGAAAAAGAAACUAAUGUUAAUUUAAACGACUACUUAGUUUGCGACAGUUGGUCGCUAGAUAAUGAGGACAAAAACAGUUCAAGCCCGAAUGCUGAAGAUAAAUCCAGUAAGGUAACACAGUCAAUAAAAGAUACUAAAUCUGAGAAAGCUAUUUCGGAAAAAGCACGGGAUAACGAAUUAAACAACAAAGACAUUAUUAAAGAGUACACAAUGGGACUUGUGAAGAUGGAAAAACUGAAGCCAGUUAUGGAUUCAUUUAAAUUUGAAAUAGAUCCAAAUGAUGAAGAAAUUCUGGAUAUAUUUGACGCAGAUUCUGGAAUAGAAAAGUACGGACGUAAAACCAAGAGGCGUUCUACAUAUUCUCCGACGGAUAUGAAAUUGAUUGACUAUGAACAAGAUGACUCUAAAGAUGUUUCAAUGGACGAUACUAAUGAUGAUACUUUCUUAGAAUCAGUUAUUAAUGAAAUUAAGCAAGAAGAUAUAAAUGAGGACAUAAGUCAGGACAAGGGCUUAGUAGAGUAUGAUAUGUCACCAACUAAAGAUGAGAUGGAAGUAGGUAUGGGAAGCGCUCUGGAUACGAAACGACGUGUUUCUGUAACCCCAGAACUUGAUGACAGAAUGAGAGAUAUACAAAGUCAGAGAAGUGACUAUUCUGAAGGGUACCGUUCUUGUGAAAGUGGAUACAAAACAAGCGACACCAGUGAAAGCGGAUACAAAUCAGUCGACAGUUACCGUUUGUCAAUGGAGAAGGAGUUAGAUGAAAAUGUAGAGUCGAAGAUGUCAAAGUCAACUGUUGAUUCACUGGAGACGUGGAGCUUUGUUCUGAAGAUAUGUCAACCACUUCUGUUUAGGCAUGACAAGAAUAAAUGUUACAGAGAGACCCGUACGAGUCCAAAGCUGUGGUACACCGAGAACCCAAAAUUGUGCAACUGCGUGAAGGAUCGUUGCGUCGUGUACAACGAGUUGCAGAUGUGCAAAAUGAGUCUUGUGGACAGGGUGUAUGGAUGUGACCAAAUACCUGACGCGCCAUGUCAAAAAACCCGAAACUGGUAUCCCCGUCCACACUUAUGCCUGACUGAGAGCCACACUGUACCAGUUUCUAGCGAGUGGGAGGCGGAAGAUAUUGGUCAGACUGUAAACACGUGCACGACUGCUAAAGAAGACCCCAGAAGAAGAAGAUCUAACACUCCACUGCGAAGCGAAGAAGUCUUACUUGAUAGGGAGUAUCAGAGGUUCAUGAAAGCUGUGUGGCCUGAGGUUGCUGAGACUAAAACUGAAACCUCACGAAGCACGACUCCAGUAAGACAAGAUGGAAGAAAGAAGAAAAAAGAAGAAGUCGAGAAGGAACCGGAAGUGAAGAAACCGGUUAAGAAGGUGAAAUUGAGUAGUGAGGGUUGGAGUCAAGAGUCUGAUAUAGAAGAGGAAGUUGAUAAAAGCAAGAAAAUGAAGAUCGACAAAGAUAAACUACGCAAACGGAAGCGCUCCUCGUCCACUCUCUCAUCGCUCUCGGAAAGUGACUCAGAUGCGAAAAAGAAAAAGAAAUCGCUCAAGAAGAAGGCUCUCAAAAAAUCGAAAUCGAAAUCGGCGAAGCGGCGCCGCAUCGGAAAAAAGCUUUUGAGGAAGUUGAAAGAGAAGGAAAAAAAGAAGAAGAAACAAAGCAAAGCAGAAAGGUUGGACGACUCAGAUGAAUCGGAUGAUGAUGAUGAGGAUGAUAGUGAUAAGAAAAGUAGUAAAAAGUCUAAGAAAAAGAAACAACAAAAAUUAAAAAAGAAGAAGAGCCUGAAGCGGAAAAAGAAGGAAGUGUCUUCAUCCAGCUCGACAUCCUCAAGCAGUGAUAGCAGCUCCGACGAAUAUGAAAGGAGAGCUAAGAAAUCUAAAAAAGCAGAAGCUAAGAAGAAAAAAGUGAAGAGACGUAAAAGAAAGAGCUCUUCAUCGGAGUCCGCUCAAAGCGAAGAUCUUUUUGACGUCAACAUUCUGAACAAUAUAAAGACGGAGCGUUUGACCGAUGACGAGAAGACAAAGUCCUUAAUGGACUUCUCUCCUAGGAGACAGCAAAAACCGCGGGAGAUAAUAAAUGUGAAAGAGCUGCAAAAUGAUUUUGUUGGUAAUAAUAUACACAUAAAGAAAGAAGUAGAGGAGGAUAUUCCAAAAGUGACAGUGCCUGAAACCCAAAAAGUAAAAGAAGUAAAUGGUAACGAUGUGAGUGUGGAAGUUCCGGUCAAGGAGGCCGAAACUAUUGACGAAAAGAGGAAGAAAGAGGAAAAUAAAGCAGAAGCAACAUUUUGUCAAACCGCAACUAUUGAAGAAAGGGAGAAGAAGGAAGAAAAUAAAGUAAAGGAAUCACAAGAAGUUGUCACACCUAUCUCUGUAGAAAUAUCAACAAGCCCUCAAAUAGUUCCACCUGUCCCUCAAAUGGUUCAAUCAGUUCCACAAAUGGUUCCAAAAGUCUCUCAAACGGUUCCAACAGCGCCUCAAAUGGUUCCAACAGUUCCUCAAAUGAUUCCAACAAUAUCUCAAAAAGCCCCAACAACCGUCCCACAAAUGGUUCCAACUGUCCCUCAAAUGGUUUCAACAGUCCCUCAAAUGAUUCCAACAAUUGUGCAAACACCUUCAAACAUUGAAGUAAUUUCAACGAUCUCGCAAAUAAAUACAGCAAUUUCUAAAACUAUUUCAACAGUCCCUCAGAUGGUUCCAGCAAUAUCUCAAAAACCUUCAACAAUCUCGCAAACAAUUCCAACAAUCAUACAAAAAACUUCAAACAUUGAAAUAAUUCCAACAGUUUCGCAAAUAACUACAAUUCCACAAAUAACUAGAACAGAUUUCCAAGUAACUCCACAAAACUCGUUAAUAUCUCCAACAAACUCUCAAAUAACUCCAACAAUGAUUCAAACAACGAUUUCCCAAAUAAAGCCAGUUAUGGAUGAAUCAAAUAUGUCCCAAUGCUCCUCACAAGAGUCCGUUUGCAGUGUGAAGCCUUAUGAGAAAGAUGACAGUCAUUUGCGCCCUUCCUCACAAAAUUCCAACUACAGUUUUAACGAUGUGAUCAACGCAAGCCAAAGUGGACUUUAUCAGAAAUCAAUAGAGCCAGUUAUGGAGUGCGACGAUAAGUUUCAUGAGAACUACCAACAAGAUUAUGAAAUGUAUGAACAUUUGGCAAUGGCUUAUCAAAGUGACGUCGCAAGUCAGCAAGCGUCGCCGCCGGGAUCGUCGGAAGCGGGCGAGCAGCGCAUCGAGACGGUGGUACGCGCGCGCAGCCGCGGCGAGAUCAAGUGCGACUGGCGCGCCGGGCACUCCCCCGCGCCCGCGCCGCUGCCCCCCGCCGCGCGCCCCGCACGCCCCUCGCGCUGGGGCCUGAAACCGGGUGAAGUGAACAUUGUUCUGACGGGCGGCAGUGACUACACGUCGGAACCGUCGCCGAAGCACCAGCACACACAGAUCCAAACAAAAGCACAACCAAAACCACUCACACGACCGCAUUUGCCGUCACCACAGCCCGUCUACAAGAUACAGAGCCUCGCUAACCGUACAGAUGUCAAUGCGGCUAGCGGUUAUGAUGAGGCGUAUAUGGAUAUGUACGGCGCGUCGGAUCGUCUGCAAUAUGGCGACUGUUUCGCUGACAACGCAACCGCGAACGUCGAGGUGAAUAUCGCGGUGAACGCAACUGAGAGCAUGGAGACAACUAAGCCGGAAACACGUACGAGUACAUUGGAUGCGAGGAUAGAUCACGCUCUCAAGACUACUGUUCUAGGCGAGGUGGCGAAGGAAGCGGAAGAAGCGGAAGCGGAAGCGGAAAAGGAAGCCCCUGAAAAAGGCAUCCUCAUUAUGUCAGGAGCUCCUAGCGAAUCGGGACGCGGAUCGAAACGCGUAAGUUUCGCUGACGGAUACAAACCCGGACAAGACUCUGACGUGGAAGAACCGCCUGUUAAAAAGAGACGCAAGAGGCGCGUAGUGCGGCGCGUGGGGUGCGCGUGGCCGUGCCCCGCGUCGCACCCGGACCACGUGGCGCUGUGGGACGCGCUGCCGCCGCCGCCGCCGCCGCCCGGCUCGCCGCCGCCGCCGCCGCGCCGCGCGCCGCCCGCCGCCCUGCUGCGCGCGCGCGCCGCCCGCCCCGCGCGCGCCGCCCGCCCCGCCCGCCCCUCGCCGCCCUGCGCCCCGCUGCGCGCGCACCACAAGCUCGAUACAAAUUCGCCAAUCCCGGCCUUCAUUCCAUCGGAGCCUCCGCCCAGUCUACUCAACUAUCCGUAG